CUGGCCACUACACAACCAUCAUCAGGUCCCUGUCACCCUAACGAAGGAAUUCGCCUCCUCGCCCUGGCCACUACACAACCAUCAUCAGGUCCCUGUCACCCUAACGAAGGAAUCUGUCGCCUCCUCGUCCGUGGCCACUACACAUUGGGCGUCGUCUCAUCUCCUGCAGCCAGUCAACCAGUCAACCUCUGCAACGCUCUAGAUGGUGUAGCCGCGGUACAGCUGAUAUGAGACUCUGGACAGUGUGGGGGAGGCUGGUGUGGGCGGCGGGGUUUGUGUGUGCAACCCACGCCCUCAUGAUCAAAGAGGAGGACCACACGGAUACGGAGCUGUAUGUGGCACCCGCUUCCUACACCCGCAAGAACGGCAAGGCUCUUCCUAGCACUAUCAUCAUCUCUAGACCCCUCGGUGUCCACACCCAGUCAAAAGACCACAGCUCGGAAGGGUCGUUCUCUACUGACUCUGUGGAGGACGACUCUGAAGAUUCGAGAGACAAAAGCCUCGACAUCCAGCACAAAAUUAAAUUCUACACGAUCGAAUGUACGAGUGGGCGGCAGUGUACCUCCAUCAUUCCUGCCAGGACCUCCAACACUGAAAGGCCCACAGCCAAACCUUUCACGAACACUGACAUCAAGAACUACCUCAAGCAGUUCAGUCUUCGUGAUGGCUUCCAUUAUUCCGACGACUACGAGACCAGCGGCACUCCAAAACGUCCAACGGAGACAGAAAGACGAGAGUCGGAAAGAGCUUUUGGUGGUUCAACCUUCUUCGACUCAUCUGAUUACUGGCCGGGAUCAGAGUACAGGCCGCAGCCUCUGCCUUCAAAGGGACAAGUGUUCAAGUACGAGCAAUAUGACCCUACCCGGCCAAGUCGUCCCACUUCUCCUAGUUUCCCAGGGAGAAGACCAACGACAAACUGGGACAAAAUCUCUGAAUCUUUCCCCACAAGAAGUCCAGCGAUAGAGUGGCAGAGGGUGAGGCCUAUUCGUCCCGGCUACAAUAACAAACCUUUCCGUCCUCAGCGUCACCGACCCUUUCAGUAUCCCCCGCCUCAUCAGCUUUCUCACACUUAUCUCUUCGAUGACAGAGACGACGUCAUUAGUAUCCCCUCCACGGCAACAACGCCUCGUCCCGCGCCCUACGACGGAGUGUGGAACCGCUACAGUACAUCGACGGUGUCGCAACUGGACAAAGACACUGGGGAGUGGGUUAAAAUCUCAUCGAGCAACUCUCAUAUCGACCAGGGAGUGUUCAAGAAACCUACCACUCCACAGUACAUCCUACCUAACCCCUCCCAUCACGCAAAGGCCAGUCUGACGGUGCUGGGGUUGAGUGAGCGAACACCACACGCUACUUUCACCGACCACGGCUCUCAGCCCGGCCCUCAUGUAAUGGAGGUACCCAGCGCUUUGCCCGGCAGACCUCCGGCACUGAUUGAGACCGACGGAGGUCACGUAGCGGGUCUGCCAGCGACCGGCCCUAGAGUGACGUCCUCCUCCUCCUCCCCCGUCUCGCACAUCUCUGUCACUCCCGCGGGAUACGCCCAAUUCAGCAGACCAUUUAGAGUUCGUGGAAAGUUCGCGAUGGAGCAGUAGGAAGUAUAUUGUUCUAUAUCCCAAGACCUGCCACUGAAGUAUAUACUACGUUAUACCCCCAAGAACUGAACCUUACGUGUGUUGGUUAUACUACAAACACUUUGAAAAUAUACUGCUUAUACUAGAGACAUUGAUUCAGAAGGAUGUCUUUUAUACGAAGCAAAAACAGGCAUACUGGAUCAUCUACCAAGGGGGAGAGAGAGAGAGAGAGAGAGAGAGAGAGAGAGAGAGUAUCUUUAAUAUUGUCUCCUAACUGGUGCUAAGGUAAACAAACGUCUCUAAUUAAGUUAAAAUAGGUAAGAUUGUACUGUUUGGGUUUUAAGUGAAGGCAACCAAGUGAAUGUAUUUAUAUUAUGAUCUGUAGUUAAGAGGAAUGGUCAUCAAAGGACUCAAUGUGAAUGUAGAAAUUUUAGGCUAUUUAUGUUAAGUGAGUUGAGGUGAAUCACUCGUUGGCUAGUCCCGGAGCUUCGUUAUCAUAUUCGUUAUUUAUGAGACAACAAACCAAUGAGUAAGAGAGAUAUUUGAGAGAACAACAUCGAAAACAUGACCAAAAAAUAUACCAAAACAUUAAGGAUAUUUUAACGAUACUUUUGGUCUACCAGUGAGUGAAUUACCUUGUAGAUAUAACCAUAAUUAUUAGUAUACAUGUGAUGUUUUCGUAUACUCCACAGAUGAUGUUGUUGUAUCCAAGUGUGUUUCAUUAGCCAGGGAUCGUGACCACCAUUCACUGUGUCUUAGGUUGUACACUAAACAAUAUUUUUUUAAGAUCUAGGAGAGAUAUUCAUAUAAGACAUUGUUAUAUUUCUCCUAUACUGGUGUUUGAAUUAUUUUGUAUAAUAAUGAGAGUUGUAUUUUGUUUCUGUGUUUGUUAUCGUUCUUGUUGUGUUUAUCAAGUUUUUCUAUGUUGUUAUUAUCUGUUUCUCUUUGUCUUUCCUUAUUCUUGUAAACAAUUGAUUAUUCUUCUUCUUGUUUUUUUUUAUCUUGUUGAGUCUAUCUACUUUGUUCUGUCUUAGGUGGGUUUUUUUUUAAUUAAGGAGUUUAAGGUCAGACCACCCAGACGUAUAUUUUGACCGGCUGUUCAUUCUUAUUUUUAUUGAACGUUGACACAAUUAUUUCUUUUUAUAGUUCAUAAAUAACUUCAGAUGUGUGUGUGUGUGUGUGUGUGUGUGUGUGUGUGUGAUUUCGUACAAAAGCACCUUGGUAUAGAGGUCAAAUAGUGGCAUAGGUAAUUUUAUAAUAUACUUUUGACCAUUGUACAGGGGUCAAAGGUCACCCUCUAGAUAUAUACAGUUUGAGGGCUUCUCGUCCAUUCAUCCGCUGUAUUUUGAACCAUUGUCUCUGAUUCUGGCGACAAAGAUUACUCGCUACAGCUGUUGUAUUACUGUAAAUAUUGUAAUUUGGAGCCUUUUAAGGUUGUCGAGAAUAUCUUUUUUGGUACGGGGGGGGGAUUUGGAGCUCACUAGUCCACUGUAUUUGAACCAAUAUAUCUGGGAUUCGGUUUCACAAAGACGUCAAUACAGGUGUUAUAAUUUUUUUAACCCCAUUACAGAGGUCAAAGGUCAUUAAAUAAUACUAAUAUAUAACUUUGGGUUCUGGGUAAUACUAAACUCUAUAUAUAUACCAGUGACUUGGUACAAAGAUGCUUCGAUUCAGCCCCUAACCAGUGACACUGAUUCAGAUUUGGACUCGGAUUCGAUUUGGAUUUGGAUUUUAUUUGCAUAUUUGGCCCGGCUAUUUUAUUGUCAUGUUAAUAGAGUUAAAAAGUUACCAACAAGUGAUGUGAUAUUAAAUAGGGAAAAUAAAUUCGCUUUAAUAUCUUGUCCUUGCUUUUGGAAUGUUUUUGUUUGUAAGAUAUUAUUUGUUUUUAUUUUGCUUAUGUUUUUUGUAUUAUUAUUUUUGUCUUUGUUUUGUGUUUUCUCGACAUCAUUUACUUGUUUCUUUGUUUUGCUUUUGUUUCAUUUACAUCAUUAUAAUUCCUGUAUGGAUUGUGUCACGUGUAUACAGUAUUCCACCAAACAGCCAAUUGAAUCAUUACCCUGAAGCUAUGGUGUUGUGAGCAAAGAACACGACAUCUUUUAGGGCAACCUCACCCCAUACUCUCUCACCCCCCAUCAUUAUAACGAGGCCUGGACGAGCAAUGAACAGCGUCUGGCGAUGGUUAAAAAGAUGGAGUAGUAUGAUGAUCUGUGUUGCAACAGUAUGAUGAUCUGUGUUGCAACAGUAUGAUGAUCUGUGUUGCAACAGCAUGAUGAUUUGUGUUGCAACAGUAUGAUGAUCUGUGUUGCAACAGUAUGAUGAUCUGUGUUGUAAAAUUCACCACUAACGUCAGCAUUAUGAGUAUGGUGACUUUGAACAUUUAUGUCACUGUAUUAUUGUAACUUUUAUUCACUUUCAAUAAAAAAUAAAAUAAAAGUA